AUGGGACCCUUCAAUGUUGUUGCGAGAUUCCAACUCACUGCUCUUGUCUCUUUCCUUCCAUGCCACCUCGACUUCGACUUCGUUCAUUCGCGGUUGCACCUCUCCUUCCCUUUAACCCACCAUGCCGCGCGCGCAACCAUGACAGCCCGCGAAGAAACCGUCCUGCCUCCCAUCGAUCCCUCCAUCACCGAUGAGAAUGAUUGGUGGGAGUUCGAUUUGACCGACGUGAAGGUCUUGCGACCCGGCAAGAUGCUCUACGCGAAUGUCCUCGACGCCUCCGAAGAUAAUCCGGUGCAAGUGAUUGGAUGUCUGGAGCUCAAGAAACACCAGGAACAUCUCGGUGCGUCCUCGAUUACCCGUGACGCUUAUCCUCUCGAUCCGGACUCCCCUUCGAAGCGCAUUAUCAUCGACGAUGUCACACACUAUGCUUAUGGUCAGACGGAGGAUCGCAGUGUCGAGAUCUGGGUUGCUGGCAAGGCCGGCUGGUACCUCAUCUCGCCUGCUAAAGGCUAUCUGCCGACGUUCAAUCGCAUGGUCCAGGCAGUUGACAUGCUGUAUUUCCUGAUUGACAGGCACAAGCAAGGGAAAAAGCAGAUCAAUCCCACAUUCAAGAACCUUUGUCGACAGUACGUCUUCCACACACACGGUGAUUGCGAAAUCUGGGAACAGUCGGCCGAAGUGUUUGCAGAACAUGCGCCUUUCUUACUCCGAUGCAUGAUUGAAGAUGAAGAUGAAGAUGUGGACUGGAAACAAACCAAUGUGUUUGUUCACUUACGUCGCCAAUUCCCCGACGAGUACCGGAAGCUUGUGGAUCAGCAAUCACCCAAUCCCGAUGACCAUGAAGACGAAGAGAUGCCCUUGGUGUCCACUCCUCGACACGACCCGGGUGCAAUUUCUAAAUCACAGGCUGAUGCCGUCUACCAGCUAAUCCACGAGUUAAAAGACGAGGGACAUCUGGCAAAGCGCCGGCUGAACUUUGAUCUUGUGAUAGAACGCCUGUCCACUCGGUAUUCACUCAUCAAGGACGAUGCCCGCCAGAUCAUCGACGCCAGAUCGAGUGCCGUGCUGGAGAAGCUGGAUGAAGAAGACCAGGAAGGAGAGACAAGGUUCAAGUGGUCUCGCUAUGUCAUCCACCGAGAACUCUCAGAAGCUGCCUCGAAACACACGUCUCUACCACCCUCCCUCCUAACACCCCUACCUCUACUGGAUGAUUCCAGCGAUGAAGAGCUGGGUCGGACUCAAAAGUCCGUUCUUCGGCCCAAAAAUGCCUCUGUCUCAAAUAAGGUCAUGGGCAAACGACAUCGUAGCACAACUGCGAAUCAGCAGAACGUUGAGUCCGACGACGAUGACGAAGAUGAUGACGAUACCCGAAUGGAGGACAUCGAUACACCCAGCAAGAGCCGCGGGCAUGAGCUCAUUCGCACACCUCUUGCAUCUGAAAAAGCCCGACCCAAACCCGACUUCAAAAAUACCAAUACCCGGUCUGCUGCUGCCUCUCUGUUGAAGAGCGUACUCUCAGCCGAACCAGCACACACACACGCAACCACAGCCCCCAGCACAGGCCAGUGGACCUCAGAGGUCAGCAUAGUAAAUGCGCCUGAUGAGUCUGAGACUUGGGCAUGCCGAAUGCCCGGAUGCGCCACAGUCCUCACUAGCAAGGGACUCGAGCGCAGGAAGCAGAUUGAGGACCACGCCGGGGAGCAUGAUUGGGAGGUGCAGAUGCGAGUCGAGCUCGUUGAAACCGAGCGACGCAUGCACUCAACCAUGCCCGUGAGCAACCUCAUGAAAUACUUAGUCGGUCAGCAUCUGCAGCAGAAGCGGACCGCCUUCCCCGAGCUGUAUCCCGUCAAGAACGAGAAUGGAAACGCGGUCGAACCGGAAGAUGUGAUGGCAAUGCUCACCCCAAAAAAGCCACGUUCUGCGGAAACGCAGGACCAGGUGAAUGGACACACUACGUGA